GACAAUAUCAAUUUAAAAUCGUAUAACGCACUAAUUUUCAUCGAUAUAGUAGGAAUGCUCAAUGAAGAUCGCUUCUGAACAAGAAGAUGUUUACUAAAUCAAAGUUUCGGGAUGAAACAAACUUAUAACGUUCAUCGUCCCAUCUGGCAAUCACAGUGUCUGUGUCAAAAUGUGAGGGGCUGCAUAUAACUUUUUCAUCUCGAUGUCGAUGAAUCUCGCGGUCGGCUCCCCGUCGUCCUGGAUCCAGCAGUCGUUGAUGGUCCUUCUGGCGAUGAGGGCCCCGACGUGUGUUGUGCUUGUUUCCGCGUGGCACGAGAGGACCGCCUUGUUUUCUUCCACCGCCGCGAUGAUCACAGCGACGUCCCCCGAAGUCCUCAGUGUCAACAACAUUGGCACGACAAGUACGACGAGUACAACCACUACAACACACGACGAACUUGCUCACCAAGUCGAGCGAACUCCACCUAUCAAAAGUAAAAGUGUCUGGGUCUGGAAACUUGUGAUGCUGGGUGGCGUCUCAUGAUGAGGCUACAAAUGCUGGCCCAGCAUUACAAGUUUCUGAGCUCCUAGGUGUUGCCUAUUCUGCAUGACAAACUGCGCUUCUGCAUCACAGAAAAACGGAGCUCUUGGGUAACGUGCAUGACAGAUUUAAGAGUCAUGCCAGACAAUCAUGACAAACAUGAAUUCUUCCAGACCCAGACAUUUUUACAUUUGAUACCACCCCUCCCACUGCCACUACCCGCGUUCGAGGAGCUGGCCCGGAGAUACGAGCGGGACAUCAAAUGUAAAAAUGUCUGGGUCUGGAAGAAUCCAACUUGUCAUGCUGAUUUUGGAUUCUAAAAAAAUCUGUAUUGCAUGAGCAGCAAAGAGAGUCCGAAUUUUGCAGCACGGAAAGAGCAUUUGUCAUGCGGAAUAGGCAUCAGGAAGCCCUCUAAAAAUCUGUGAUGCUAGGGCAUGCGUCACAGAUUUGAGGAGUCAUGCAAAAUGUGCAUGACAAACCCGGCAAUCUUCCAGACCCAGACAUUUUUACAUUUGAUACGGGAUUUUCCGGAAACAAACCUGACAAAAGUCUUCGUGGCCGACUACCCGUGGUCGUACAGGACGAACAGUACUAGUACUUCUAUGAUGUUGACCUUGAAGAAACAUCAAGACGUCGUCGGCAGCUCCAACUACAGCAUCAUUCCCCAACCCGACCGCGGACUGUUUGGCGAUGCUAAGUACGGAAUUGUCAAAAAUGUCCAAAAAUGUCAGGGGUCGCGCGUGUCGCCCCUCCCGUUUGACGGGAAUUGCCGGCCCCGGCGCCCCACCUCAUGCAUGAACAAGAUAAGUAGCCGAAAGGCCCCACUUUCAGGCAGUGGCAAAGGCAGACCGGCCGGAGUAGCAGCUGCUGGUGGCCGCAUGGCUUCCGGCUCGCUCUGUCGCUUCGUCCGACGAGUGUGGCGCACAGAGAUUGGUCGGAGCGCUGUGCCGGCCGCGGCUACCACAAGAAGGCGCAUCGAGUUCGGGUUAGCUACCUUCGAGCCCUGCGCCCGCCAUCCCGUUGCCCCACCCACCGAGAACACCCGCCGCCCCUCUGAGGCUGGGGAAAGGGCAGAAAAACAGGGGCGCGGUGCGCUCUGGAGAGGGUUUGCCUGCGAUGGGGCAAUUGCCUUCGCAGUAUUGCGUUGGCAAAUGCAAAGCACACGCACGGGGCGGGCUAGCGCGAAAAAAACAUGCUCCGGCCGUUCGCAAACGAUGCCGCGGCCUCUUCCGUGAGUUCCUCUAGUAGAGGCUUGCCCCCCCCGUCUUUCAUAGACCCCCAUUCUGGCCUCCGGUUCCCGACAUCCUGGCAAGCCCCACGCCGAAUGCAUUCGCCUGUUGCUUAUCUCAGAAAAUACUUUAAAUUAAAAGUCCGGAUCCACCCCCGGGCAAAAAAGAAGCAAACGGCCACUCGGCUACCCCUAAAAGGCCUUUUUUGGGUGCCCCUCGUAGCAUCGGGGGAAGCGCAAAAAAGCGCGUUUUUGGCUACCCCUCCUGGGCGCCCCUCCCGGAGGGGUGAGACGAACAAGACACCCGGCCAAGAAACACGUUUUGCAGGAGUGCGAAAGCACCAGUUGCAGUUGCGCGCCGUUUUUGUCAGCUCCAACUACAGCAUGAUUCCCCGACACGACCGCGGACUGUUUGCCAAGGACGGGCGUUAGCAUACAACAAGGUGAAUUUGCAGUGAAUUUGUAUUGCGUGGCAAUGCAUGAACUAAUCACGUGCAUGCGACGAACACGAGGAAAACAAGCAGCCAGCGCGCCGUGCUGAUGGGCUGCUUGGCUGGUGACGCUGCCCUCCUAUGGACGCUUGCCGCUUGUUGCCCAAAGAGGCGCACCUGGUGGACUGCGAAGCAACACAGGUGGCUUGUGGCGCCGGUUUUACAACACGAUGCUCCAUGUUGAUCCGCAGACUCGAUGGUGGCGGAUCGAUAGGGAGGGCCAUGCCUGGAAAGGGGGGCAGGGACAGUAGCUCAAUAUCCCAAAAUAGAGAAGUCGCGUCACGGGUUGUUGCUGUCUCGGCUUGGAUAUCUGGAGGCGCGUUGCGAUGGAUGCUGGCAUCGCCUGCUUAGCUCUGUACCUUCUUCCCGGCUGUGUUCCUGCCUCAUCUUGGUCGGGUCCUCUAGUUUUCUUUGACGUGACCCCCAGGUCAGGAAUUUUCUUGGGGAAUUUUGAGGCUUCUUCUUUUUGCGAAACUUUUUUGGAGCUCCAAAACCCGGAGUUUCUCAUGCGCCCGCGAAUUUUGAACAAGUGCCGUAGGCCAAAACUCACCGGCACUUUUUUCAAAAUUCGCCCCAAAAUUCACAGGGCUCCCCUUUUCGACCGUGAUAAGCAAACUUCAGCGCAGCAAAGUGCUUAAGAAUGUCCGCACAUAGGCCCUGGGAAGUGGGGCCGAGGGGAAAAGACAAGCGCCUUCUGUUGCCCUCAGCCCCUUUAUAUUUUAUUCUGCCGAAAAGGCCUGGAGAGUUCACGCGCCUGCCGGAUAGACGCGUCAAAGCUCUCGGCCUGGUCCUUUGGCCCUUUUUUUUGCGCCUUCUUGCCUAAUUGCAUGUGCUUCGCAGCCUUUCUUUUUGGCGUCUUUGCCGCGGCUGUUGCAGUGCUCUUAUGCGAGCACAGGGAGACGAAUGGACAUGGCGAAAGAACGGCACCCAGACCAUGUCUAGAAGCUGCCCGGCGCAUAAGCCUUGACUUCUGCGGUGUGCAGAACCCACUUCCCAGAAGGGCAAGAGGGAGAAUGUAGCGGCGGACCCACCUGCAAUUUGUCAUGCAAAAUUCACUACAAAUUCUACUCAAUUUCUCAUGCUAACGGGCGUUACAGCUCUAAACCAACUACAGCAUGAUUUCCCAACCCGGCCGCGGACUGUUUUAUCAAAUGCAAAAGUGUCUGGGUCUGGAAACUUGUAAUGCUAAAAUGUGACUGGUGGGCGCACUCUAAUACGCAGCCAAGCAUGACAAAUUUUUGAGCUGCUCCUGUGUUUCGUUUUCCACAUGGCAAACUGCGUUUCUGCAUGACAGACAAGAGGUCCUUUUCCUGCUCCUGCGUCACAGAUUUAUGAGUUAUGCCAGACAAGCAUGACAAACUUGCAUUCUUCCAGAUUUAGACACUUUUGCAAUCUAUAUGUUUGCCAAGGUGAGAAUAGAAAAGGGCGAAAUCGUUGCCACCGUCGCGCAGCCCUUGUUGUUAUCUAGCUGCAAAUUUGAAUGUCUGGAUUUGGAAAAGAUAAAGAAGAUGUCGAAGUUUUUCAUGCUCAUUUUCAGGAUUUUAAUUUUUGUAGGUCCCCCCGCAUCACAGAUUCAGCUGCCACAGCUUUCCCAUGUUCAUGCUGCAUGCGAAAUUCUUUCGUCUCAGGGCAGCCAAAAGUGGAGAAGAUAAGUAUUGCUUCUCUUGGAUCACAGAUUUUUGUGUCACUAACCGAGAGCGUCACAAGUUCCAGUCUUUCCAGAUUGCAAUGCAUAGCUAUUCCGCUGCCACUAUUUUCAAGAACUAGGUCGUCUCUGGGAGUUAGCAGUGCCCAUGAAUAUGCUUUGCAAAUACUCCUGGGUCUGGAAGAGCUCCAACUUGCCAAGCUAAGUGUGGAUCGUGGAAAAAUCUUCGUUGCAUGAUUGCCAAAAGUUUUCCACUUUUGAUCUUCCAGUUCAGAGGGUGUUUCUCAUGCAGAAGAUGCAUGGUAGAGAUCUCACAGAAUCUGAAGCUGUCAUGCUAGGUCCGGCAUACUUCCAGACUUCCUUGGUCAUGGAGAACCUCCUGCAUGACGAGUUUUAAUUUGUCUUGCAACCGUCCAGACCACCCAGAUGACUUAUUUGCAUUUGAUAGUGAACUGCGCGCACGGAUUGGCGCGUACCAUCUUAGCAGCAGAGAAGCGAAGUGCUCGUGAGUUGGAGCGGACAAGCACGAGAAAUGCUGAGGCAGCUCCUGGCGCUGCUCGGCCGGUGAAGAUUCAAGAAACGCUGUCGGAAGUGGAUGAAAGUGCGUGUCAAAGGACAAGUGCAGCCGAGAGACCGAUUGCGAUCAUGGGACACACCUCCGAAGUACUGGACGGCUGGAAAAACAGCAAUAGUACUUCCACCUGCGCUGCAAAGGCCGCAAACAGUAUCCACAUAUAAAAAACCCAUCCCCAUCAAUUCCUUGUGUGGCAGAGACAGCAGUUUAUGCAUGUUUUGCAUGACAAAUUGUUUGGGGAUUUUUGGUCUUUUCUUGUGGAUGAGAAACGAAGCCCCGACGAAGACGAAGCGGGCGACGUCCAGCUUUCUGGACUACGCGCAAUUCCUGCCAAAACCCGGGGAGCUGGGUUUUUUGUGGAAACUUCCCGACCCGAUCUUGCGGGACCUCACGCCUUUUUCGCAGGUUUUCGCGUAUGCGCGCGGAAGAGCAAAGGCCCGGGCGGACCUCGCCGCCGAGCGGCAGAUGCACAAAGCGUUGCUUGCGGACUUCGAGUUGGACGAGUUGGACCACGGGACGGAGGUGUCGACGGAGGCUCUGCAGCACGCAGAAAUCCUGUUGGACACGCGCUUAUUGUACAUGCUUUCCGAGGCCGGUAGGCGGGCCAUCAUUCCCUUUUUCGACAUGGCCAAACGCCGCAUGAAUGCCAAUCUUACGAACACGGAGACCGCGGGGUUUGCUGCAACAGGCGACAAUAAAAGUAUCGGAGCCGAAGCACUGCGUGCAACACGAACGAUUUUACCCGGAGAAGAAAUUUUUCUGGAUUUUCUCUCUGACCUGCGGAACAAGGAGGAGGUUAAGAAUAAUGAAACGACGCUGCUCUCGCCAGAAGACUUUUUCCGAACCCGCGGCAUCACGGAAAACGAAUGGCUCGUGAUGACCUCUGGGUCCUGCAAUUUCUACGACCCAAAGCCGCAUCAAGGGCUCACCAGGUGGACGUGGAACAAUGAAACAGAAAACGUAACUACCGCCGCAAGAAAUUAUAACUCUCUCCCGACCAAGGCUUGUGAGGAAUGGCAAGACCGGCUGGCACCGCAUCGGGCGACUUUGGCGACGCAGUUCCCGCUAUGGGGUUCUCAAACGUUACAUUCUCAACUGUUACAUGAUUUGUCAUGCAAAAUGACCAUGACCUGCCAGACAAUCAAGCUGCUUCGCAUGACAAAUUCUCGGAAGGCUAAAUAGCACUGUAAUCUGGAUCAAACUUGUAAUGCAAGACGCGCAAGGUUCUCCCUCUCACCUGCUGUGCUAGUCUUGCAUUAAACAGUUGAGAAUGUAACGUUUGAGAACGCCAUACCCGCGCCAGCUAGGUUUGAUCGAUUGCUUGUAUGCGGAUCUUAUCAAAUGUAAGAAUGUCUGGGUCUGGAAAUUUGUAUUGCUAAAAGUGAAUGGGAGUUCCACUGCAAUACGGGGCCAAGCAUGACAAAUUUUUGGGCUCCUAUGUGUUGCGUGUUCCGCAUGGCAAACUGCGUUUUUGCAUGACAGGUACGAGGACAGCUUUGUGCCCAUGCAUCACAGAUUCUUGAGCCAUAUCAGACACGCAUGACAAAUGUAAGUAGCAAUCUUCCAGACCCAGACAUUUUUACAUUUGAUAGAUCUGUGCAGAAGUGCGGGAGUACAACUACCGGGAGCAGGUGGUUCUAUUACAAUGAAAAACGCCCCCACCCCCGAACUUGGGAGCAUUUGUAUUGCAAACCUUUCCAAAUGAAACCUUUGCCCUCUUGCAUCUAUCAGCAUCACAGGUUUCCAAUCGUGAGUAGCAAAAAUUUGUAUUGCAAAAGACCCCAGCAAGAGUGGCGGAUGUCAUGCAAGCGAUGCGAUACACGCCUAGACUCUGCAUCAGAAAGAUUCAUACUCCUCUCAUGCAUGGCAAAAAAUUUUCAUUUGGAAACUUCGCAUCACAAAUUUUUGCAACUUUGGGGGUGGGGGCAUUUUUCACUGCAAUAGGUUCUUCUUCAACUUCAUCUCACGAGGCUACAAGAACAGAAGCGGCACGGCACAAUACAAAUAGCAGGACGGACAACAACUACGAGCGACGCGGGUCAAGGCAGUUUUCCAGGGCAGGACCCCGACGCCCACCGAUUCCGCCCCCGAUUCCGCCCCCGAUUCGCAGAGAUGAAAGAGAAUAUUAAAACGUACGCGACUACAACGGCAACGUACUCUUCAGAUGCCGUGGAGGAAGGUCAAUUUGAUGAAAAGAAUGCUUCUCCUUCUCCAGAAACCCUUGCGCCACCGUCGCUACAACUAGAAGUUGUACUGGAGCAAGGUAAUCUUGCAUGCAACUUUAGCAAGAACUAGGAUAAAGAAGAUCUGCGAAGAAAUUGUGCGACACAAGGAAUAACCAGGCACUUGAUAUGACUGCUAGAAACCAGGACUCUGUCGUGCUCUGAUGUUAGCUGCUUUUUUCGGUCUCUCUGCGAAAUUGAAACAUCAACGAUCCACAU